CAAGAAAACAAUAAACCUUUCUUCAAAUUAUUCUUCUUUUCUGUUUUCUAAUAUGGUAUCAAAGUUAUAAGCUCUAGUUCUUUUCUCUUAUCAUCGCUGUUGGGUUUUUUGGAGUUGGAUUUUCAAUGCCAUUCCAGAUCUGAAACUUUGUCGUUGGGAUCUCUUCUCCUACAGAUUGAAUUAUUUAUCGAUUCUUAUGCCCUUUCUGAGGUUGAAAUUAACCUUUCGGUUAUAAGUUGUUUCCAAAAAGGCACCUGGUAGAAUAACGUGUGCCAGGGGUGCAAAUCUCCUGCAAACACUGGAAAUGGGCCGGUCUAAGAAAGGCAGUGGACGUGGGAAGGGUGGAGGUCCAGGGCCUACCUCUCAGAAGAAGAUAACCGGGGUGGGAUCUGGUGAUGGUCAGAAGGAGAAGCAACAGGCAACUGCUGUUGCAAGGGUGAGUAAUUCUGUCACCCUCAUAUCUAAUGGAUCGACUUGCCUCAUGUAAUGUGAGAGGGUUUAAUGAACCUGUUAGAUGAUAGAUCUUAGCAAUUUUAUAAUGAACAUUCCUUUAUUAGGUGUAAUGGAAACUAGAGUGAAGAAUUCAUAAAUGUAUGGAGAUUGCAUCUAGAUGUUGCAGGAAUAUGGAGAUCUUAACUACUUAUACUUAAUGCUAUAAAUGGUUGAAUUUGGG